CGAGCUUAACUAAACUGAUAAAAAUGGUGAGAUUUAUAUAGAAAUUUUAGAAUCUAGAGAGUCAUAGUAAUAUCUUCUACUUAGAACAAAAUAACAAACCUGUUAAAAAAAUCAUGGUCUAAAAACCAUGGCAAUUGGCAACCAACAAACUUUCCUACCAUUUCGCACCAACACCUCCUCCACACAUUUAUUUCCCAUCCCUUGAUCAGUUCCUAACUUUGUACAUGCAUCUUCCGUAGAUUGUCGUCGGUGACUCCCGCGGGUUAGAGGGGUCUCCGCCUCUAAUCCUACGCCGAUCUCAACCAACCACAAUGGCUGCUCCUCCUACUCAUUCCAGAAUUCUAGAGAUCAACCUCAUUUCGGCUGAAGACAUAGCCCUGGUCUCCAAAAACAUGAAGACCUACGCGGUUGCUUGGGUGCAACCGGACCGCAAGCUCGCCACAGGGGUAGACCAAACAGGCGGAACCGAUCCAUCUUGGAAUGAGAGGUUCAUGUUCCGAGUUGAUGACAAGUUUCUUAACUCAGAGGAUGCCACAAUUGUUGUGGAGAUUUAUGCCGCUGCGUGGGUUAAAGAUGCCCUGAUUGGAUAUGUUAACGUCCUCAUCAAGGAUAUUUUCCACUUGCGAUCGGUAACCGACGCCAAGAUCAACAACUCCACCACGAGAACUGUCACGCUUCAAAUCCGUCGUCCCUCCGGCCGCCCCCAAGGGAUUCUCAACAUGGAGGUAGCCCUUGUUGAUAGUACCAUGCGUAGCAUGCCUUUGCUAGAAGACCCUAAACCAAUAACAAGCGGCCAAAACAAGGAGAAUCACGAGAAUAAUGAGCCACAAAAUUACAAGUUAAAUGCAAACGCUAAGAUAAGCCGUUCACAAAGCGACCGAACCGAUUUAACAAUGGAAGAUAACUGGGGGAAAAGGCCUGAUAAGGGCUCGAUUGUUAAUGGUGGUUCGGGUUCCAACGGUUCCGCGGUUAAAGGCAAUGGUAGCAUGGUAAAUGGUGACUCUCUUUGUAACUCGGACUUGGGGCCUUCAGCUUCGGUUGUAGCUGAAGCCAUUGCAAAAGGGUUGUAUAAGCCACCAAUUAAUCGUCAAGCUCAAUCAAAAGAAACAAGUAAAAGUAUAAGAGAAUGGACCAAGAAAGAGAGGGAAGAAGACCUAGAGAGGAAGCUAGAGAGAUGGCGAUCGGAUAUUCCACCUUCGGCCCGGAAAGGGAAAUCAAGCAAAGAGAGAAGAUCAAGGGGGAAGAGAAGCGAAGGUACGAAGUUGUUCUCAUGUUUUGGUAAUGCUUUUGGACUUGAAAUUUCGAUUACUUGUGGUGGAGGUAAGAAGAAACAUGGAAAAGGCCGCAAUAAAAUUUGCCAUUUAAGCUCAGUGGAUGAUAAUUAUAACCAAUCUGUCGUUUGA